UACUGACCACAGCUCCACCAGGCAACAGCUCUUCAUAUUGGAAAAGCCAUUGCCAUUACAUUAGUAUUCCUCUUUCCCUUCCUUUUAUCACUUUUUUUUCUUUUCAAAAAUCUUAAAACAAUCAAAUUUGACCAUCUUUCUUCUUCACAAUUCCAAUUUCCCAGAAUUUAAAUUCAAAUUCAUCUUCCUAUCAUUUUUUACACUUGCAAAUCCCUAAAUUACAAGAACAAAAACCCACUUUUUCACCCACUAAAUCAAUAUAUAAAUCACCCACAAUUCUAAACUCAAUAAACUACUACAUUUCACUAUUACAAUCUGAUUAUAAAGAGAAACAAAAAAAUGGGUUCAUCUAAGCUAAAAAUGGCAGCCAAGAAGUUUCUAUUUCUUCCUUGUUCUUCCUUUUGCUCCACUGAUGUUCAUGGUGGUGAAAGACCCACUUUUCAGAAUGUGGGUCCAGGUCAAGAUGAAGAAUUGUAUUCUCCUUCUAAAGAAACUGGAAAUUACAGUUUGUCAGAGAUAAAGGAAGCUGAUUUUGUUGCUAAUAUCUCAUCUAAGAAUGUGUGUACAAUAUGCCUUGAACCAUUACUUAGCAGCAAUGCAACAUCAAGUCAAAGUCCGGGCAAAGCAGUAUUCACAUCCCAGUGUUCGCACUCGUUCCAUUUAUCAUGUAUCUCGUCAAAUAUACGACAUGGUAGCAUAACUUGUCCUAUUUGUCGUGCUCAGUGGACUCGUCUGCCGCACACCUUACAUCCACCUUGUUGGCCCUCUCGUCAUCAAGACGAUCCUAUCAUUCGUAUCCUUGACAAUUCUAUCUCGACAUUUCGGGUGCACAGACGGUCUUUCCUUCGCACGGCUCAAUACAAUGAUGACGAUCCAGUGGAGCCUCCUGAGGCUCAUGCUUCUUGCCACCCACGUCUUUGCUUUAACCUUAUCCUGAUGGAUGUUCCACAAACGCCUUCACCAUCAAGCUUCUGUUCUUGUGUGCAUAAUCCAUCACCCAGUGCAUAUCCUCCGGGGGCUGAUCACUUAACCGGUUCACUCUCGCCUUGGUACAAACACAAGAGAGCUGCAUACCUUUGUGUAAGAUUGGCUCCUCAACAAGCAAUUGAUUUGGUGCUGGUUGCUAGCCCCAAUGGGCCCCAUUUGAGGCUCCUUAAGCAAGCAAUAUCACUUGUAGUCUAUUCCUUACGUCCGAUUGAUCGAUUGGCAGUCGUGAGCUACUCAUCAGCUGCAGCCCGCAUCUUCCCACUCAGACGCAUGACAUCUUAUGGAAAACGGGCAGCUCUUCAGGUAAUUGACCGGCUGUUUUAUGCCGGACAUGCUGAUCCGGCUGAAGGAAUCAGGAAAGGUAUUAAAAUUCUCCAAGAUCGCACUCAUGAAAACCCUUUUUCCUCAAUUCUACACUUGUCCGAUUAUCCUAAUAGUAGUCGAUAUAACCACACCAUCAAUGACUUGGAAAUGAGUACGGGGGUCUCGCUUCAUCAGUUUCACGUGGCCUCAACUAACUCGAUCAUGCACGAACUAGAAGAGUUCUUAGGACAAUUACUAGGCGGUGUGGUUAAGGAACUUCAAUUGAGGAUCGGAGAUCCUGACAAUGGAAGACUUGUGAGGCUUGGGGAUCUUCGAGGCGAUGAGGAGAGACGGGUUCUUCUUAAAGUAGACGAGUCACACGAUCACACCUGCAUCGGCUAUAGCUACGUUGAGAGUGGGCUCAGGGUUGACGAGCAUAUUCGAGUAGGCGAGGUUGUCGUGGGUAUCAGUGACGCGACAGACACAGAUGAUGGUAGAGAAUUGACCAUUAGUGGUGGAAGAACAAGUUGUGUUGAUAGUUGGGAUUAUCAUGACCCUUACAUGGCUAGGAGAUGGGCAAAAAGAUUGCAUGGAAGGCACAGAAUUUAGGCUAAAUUGAGCUACUACAGUUUUUGACACUAUUUGCCUCUAGAUUUGACCUAUGUAUAUCUGUUUUAUAUGUAUCCAUGACAUACCAAUCAAAGGAAUUCUAUUGUGGAGAAAUUUUCAUUAUACUUCGUUCAUUUUUGGUGUUUACUUUGCCAUUCACAAGAUCUUUUUUUUUUUUUUUCUUUUUUUUUUUCCCUAUUUUCCAAUGUAUUUGUUGUAUUUAUGUUUGAGAAUGUUUUGCAAGUAAUCAAUAAAGAAAAAUGGUUGCCAACCAUUUGACUUUGAUGAAAUUAGUAGAUAACUAUAUUGUCCAAUGCAAUUUGUUGAAAUCAGUUAACAACCAUUUUGUUAUUACU